AUGGCACGAAGAUCCUUAAAUGAUGAAAGAAGAGUCAUUAAAAGACUUUUCACCCCUGAAAUCAAAAAAUUCCUCAAAGACUGGCUCGUUAGAAGAAGGGACAACCCUUAUCCAAAUCGGGAAGAGAAAAAAGAAAUGGCUUUUAAAACUGGCCUUACAUAUAUACAGAUUUGUAAUUGGUUCGCAAACUGGAGAAGAAAACUAAAGAAUUCAGGUGGGGAACCACAGAGACGUAGUUGGUCCAAUUUAAUAAAAAGUUACAAUUCUCAAGCAAAUGGAAAUUUGGAGCAAUUUAGUAUCAGUUCUGAUGAUAGCAUUUGGGCAGAACCUGGACGAGAGGCUAAUAAUAGGAACGAGGACGCCCAUGGAUAUAAAAGGCGAAUGAUGAGACGAUACUUGGAUGGUCUUGAAAGAUUGGAUGAACCUGAGAACAAAACUCCUUUGCUUGCAAGGUGGUUAGAAAGUGCAGCAAAUUUUAGGCCCCAAACAAGACGCGAUUGUUCCGCCUGGGACGUCCCCAAAUCUUCAAAAAGCCCUUCAAAAGAAACCAAUUCAAGACAGUAUAAUAAAUGGAAUGUUGCAAAUUCCAAUCAGAAUCAAACGAAUUCCAAGGAAGAUUUGUCCUUGUCUCAUCAUAGAGAAGAAAUUGAGGCUGCUGAGGCUUUGACGAGACUUGCAGGACUUUUUAGACGGGGAUUUUGA